GGUCUCGUCUCAGACUCAGACUCAGACAUAACCCAAAUCCAAUACUAAUUACUCCCCCACCAACUGCUCGCUUUUUUCCUCUCUUCUCCGCCGUCAUCCGCCCCUUGCCCUACCUCCGGCCGCCGCCUCCUCCGAGAUCCACUCCUCUACGCCUUCCCUUUCUCUUUUCUUCUCUUUCCUUCUGCAUUUCGUCUUCGCCGGGUUAUCUCUGCUGUUUCACUCUCAAUCCCUGAUUCGGCUGUUCUUUCUUUUUUCCUUUUACUGUGGGUAAUGCGUUGCUGUUAGGGUUUUGAUUGCGCAGUUGAGUGGGGGAUACCGCUGGAAGAUUUGAAAUUUAGGGUUUUUUCGGGGGGGAAAAAUUUGACUUGGGGUUCUUUUGGUGUUUGUUGGGAUUUCGAAUUAGGGUUUUCAGUGUGAUUCAAUAUGCCGAGGGGUUCGAGGCACAAAUCUACUAGGCAUGGUUUGAAGGAUGCUAGGGACUCCUCCGACUCGGAGAAUGAUUCAAGCCUGAGGGAUCGGAAGGGCAAAGAGAGUGGGAGUAGGGUAUUCAAGGACUCGGCCUCUAGUGAGAAACGCAGAUUCGAUUCAAAGGAUGCAAAAGACUUCUACGCUUCGGAGAAUCUCGAGACGGAAGAGCAUGGACAUUCCAAGCGGCGCAAGGAAAGGUAUGAUGAGGGAACCACUGAUAGGUGGAAUGGGGGAAGCGACGAUGAGCUUGGUGUUCCUUCUAAAAAGUCAAAACCAUCGGUGGAUUCAAAGAGCAAGAGAAGGGACGAGAGUGUGGGAUUGCUGCAGUGUGAUGGUGAAGAACUCAGGAAGAGUAGUGGUAAGGGUGAGGGAAGGCAUCGGGAGUCCAGCCGGAAGGAGGGCAGGAAUGGUGGAGGGGAUAGGGAUAGGGAUAGGGAGAGGGAGAGGGAGAAGGAGAAGGAGAAGGAAAGGAAAGGAAGAGAAGGGAGAAGUGACAGAAGUGAAGAACACCGUGUAGAAAAGCAAGUGGAAAAGAACACAGAUAAUGUGUUGCAGAGCCCUGGACUAGAGAAUCACCUGGAGACACGAGUUAGGAAGAGAGCUGGUUCUUUUGAUGGGGAUAAGCAUAAAGAUGAUAUAGGAGAUGCUGAAAAUAGACAGAUUUCUUCAAAGAAUGAUGCUGUGAAGGAUGGUAGACGAAAGAGUGAGAAGCACAAGGAUGAGAGAAAUAGGGAGAAGUACCGGGAAGAUGCUGAUAGGGAUGGCAAGCAAAGAGAUGAGCAACUUGUAAAAGAUCACAUUAGCAGGUCAAAUGACAGAGAUCUGAGAGAUGAGAAAGAUGCUAUAGAUAUGCAUCAUAAGAGAAACAAGCCUCAAGAUAGUGAUCCUGAUCGAGAGGUAACCAAGGCCAAACAUGAAGGUGAUUUAGAUGCUAGGCGUGAUCAAGAUCACGAUCGAGAUCGCCAUCAUGCAUAUGAACGUGAUCGUGAUCAUGAUCAAGAGAGUAGGCGUAGACGCGACCGCGAUCGUGGUCGUGACCGUGACCGUGACUAUGAUCGAGAUGGGAGGCGAAAUCGCAGUCGAAGUCGUGCUCGUGACCGUUACUCUGAUUAUGAAUGUGAUGUUGACCGUGAUGGUUCACAUUUUGAGGAUCAAUACACAAAAUAUGCUGAUAGUAGGGGAAGGAAAAGAUCUCCAAAUGAUCACGUUGAUUCUGUUGAUGCUAGAUCUAAGAGUUUGAAGAAUAGUCACCAUUCAAACGAAGAAAAGAAGUCUUUGAGCAAUGAUAAAGUGGACUCAGAUGCUGAGAGAGGAAGAUCUCAAUCGCGAUCACGUCAUGCAGAUGUUAGUUUAAGCAGCCAUAGACGGAAGAAUUCACCCAGUUCUCUGUCACGUGUUGGCAUGGAUGAAUACAGGCAUCAAGAUCAGGAGGAUUUGAGAGACCGAUACCCUAAGAAAGAAGAAAGGUCCAAAUCCAUUUCUACUAGAGAUAAAAGUGGUUUUUCAGGAGUACAAGAAAAGGGUUCCAAGUACACAUAUGUGGAGAAACCCAGUGAAGCAGACGGUGGCAAUGCUAUUGAGCUGUCACGAGAAAGGUCUUUAAAUUCUAAGAAUAUCGACAUUGAAGAAAGUGGACGAAGGUGCAGUACCUCAAUUGAUAACAAAGACCUCUCUUCUAAUAAGGAUAGGCUUAGCUGGGAUUUACCAGGAGAGAAGCCUCUGAUGGAUGAGUCACCUCAGGCAGAGUCCUUCUAUAGCAAAGCUAGUCAGAGCCAUCCAUCACCAUUCCAUCCACGCCCUGCUUUUAGGGGUGGACUUGACAGUCCUUUUGAUGGUUCACUAGAAGAUGAUAGUAGACUCAAUUCUAAUGGUCGUUUCCGAAGGAAUAAUGAUCAAAAUUUGGGCAGAGUACAUGGCAACACUUGGAGAGGUGUUCCAAACUGGACAGCACCACUACCAAAUGGCUUUAUCCCCUUCCAGCACGGACCUCCUCCUCAUGGAAGUUUCCAGUCAAUGAUGCCACAGUUUCCAGCUCCCCCUUUGUUUGGUAUCAGACCUCCACUUGAAAUCAAUCACUCUGGAAUUCCCUAUCGGAUGCCUGAUGCUGAAAGAUUUUCCAGUCACAUGCAUCCACUAGGGUGGCAGAAUAUGUUGGAUGGUUCAAGCCCUUCUCACUUACAUGGAUGGGAUGGAAACAAUGGUAUCUUUAGGGAUGAAUCUCACAUUUAUGGUGGAGCUGAAUGGGAAGAGAACAGGCAGAUGGUGAAUGGUCGAGGAUGGGAGUCCAAAGCUGACAUGUGGAAGAGACAGAGUGGUGGCCCGAAAAGGGAAUUGCCUUCCCAAUUCCAGAAGGAUGAGCGUUUGGUGCAGGAUCCUGUUGAUGAUGUAUCUAGUAGAGAGGCUUGUGAUGAGAGCACCAAUACUAUUUUGACAAAAACUGUUGAAAUGAGGCCUAAUAUCCCUUCUGCAAAAGAAAGUCCCAACACUCCUGAACUUCUCUCUGAAACACCGGCUCCAGUUAGACGGUCAAUGGACGAUAAUUCUAAACUUAGUUGUUCUUACCUUUCUAAGCUUAAGAUUUCCGCAGAACUUGCACAUCCUGAUUUGUACCACCAGUGUCAGAGGUUAAUGGAUAUUGAGAACUGUGCAACUGCAGAUGAGGAAACUGCUGCUUACAUAGUUCUCGAGGGGGGCAUGAGAGCCGUGUUCAUCUCUUCAAAUGGUGUGCAUCAAUCUCUUUCCCAUCCAAACAAGAACCCAGGUUUUCAGCGUGCAAUGGACUUGUACAAAAAGCAGAGAAUGGAAAUGAAGGAAAUGAAAGUUGUUUCUGGGGGAAAAUUGGAUGGUAUUUUGGCAUCCUCUGAGAGGAGACUUGAAGAGCAAGGCUUGAAUUUCAAUAAUGAAGAAGUUAAGGUUCCUGUUUCAACUGUUGGUGCGGAAAUGGUGCAACCGCCCAUAUUGGCCACUGGUGAUAAAGCAGUCGUUGAGUCGACUGCUGCAUUGGGGAAAUCGGAGGAUUUGGCUUCAACUGCCAGUCAGGAGGAGGUGAAGUGUCUUGAAAACUCAGAGGAGACAUUGCCAAUUACCAAAUCAACAGAAAUGGAUGUGAUGGAUUUGGAGCAGGAGCAGGUGAACUUAGACGUGGAAAAGGAUACUGUCAAACCGAGCGACAAUGUAUCGGUCAAUGACACCGAUAAGGGGAUUGUGAAUGGCAAAGAUUCUUGUUUUGACAAUGCAGUGACUGUGAGUGGUCCUUUAUCUUUUGCGGAUGAAAUACCCGAGACUUGUGAGGGUUUGAUGCCUAUGCCUAUUUCAAUUGGGUCUGAGUCAUUAAUUUUGAAUAGGAUACAUCAUUCUCCUGAAAGUACACAUUGAAACAAUUUUAAUAUCCGUCACCUUUUCUUAUUUCUUAUCUAGUUUUUAAGUUAUUGAUAUUUCGAUUCUUGUUGCUUCUUCUUCCUGCAAGGAAUAAAAUUUCCUACUGUUCUGCA